CUUGUUUCUUUACCUUUGACAGCUCGAUUGCCGGAACGAAGUUGGUAGUUUUGUAAUGAGUUCUUUGCUUUCAAGGUAGAAUUUAGGAAAGGAUAAAUUAUUUUUUCGUAGUAUUCUUGAGAAUUUAUAUUAAAAGAUGGAGGAUGUUCUUGAAGAGGUUGUUUCUUCUGAUGAUUUAAAGAAAUUUGAACGUAUAUAUAAUGAACAAUUACGUUCAUCAGUAAUAACACAAAAAGCUCAAUUUGAAUAUGCAUGGUGUCUUGUUAGAAGCAAAUAUCCUGCAGAUAUCAGAAAAGGAAUAAUGUUAUUGGAAGAUUUAUAUUGCAAUCAUAGUGAUAGCGAAAAACGAGAUUGUCUUUAUUAUUUAGCCAUUGGAAAUGCUAGAAUAAAGGAAUAUACAAAAGCUUUAGCGUAUGUCAGAUCGUUUCUUCAGGUUGAACCUGGAAAUCAACAAGUACAGCAUCUGGAAACAUUGAUCAAGAAAAAAAUGGAAAAAGAGGGACUUUAUGGUAUGGCCAUUGCAGGAGGAGUUAUUAUUGGUCUUGCAAGUAUUCUCGGCCUCAGCAUUGCUAUGGUCAAAAGAAACUAAUUAUUUCAUGUGAAAAAAUCUGUAACUAUUGUGUGAUGUGAAAUAGUUGCUUUGUACAACGUGUUAUAUAUAAUUUAUUGAUUGAAAUAUCCAAAGAUUUCAUUAAAAAAAGAAAAAAAAAAAAGAAAAAGAAAAAAAGAAAUAGUCAUUUUGUGAAAAUUAAGUAAACCGCGAUGCGAUUCGUAAUGUAGAAUGUCAAAUUUGUUUUUACGAGAAAGAUAAACAAGUCAUACGUACUAAAUAUCAUUUUUGUCGAUAUGUGUAUUAUUUUCCAGAUUUUCGUAAAAUCAUUUGUACUUGUGUAUUAUAAAAUCAUAUGUAAUCUUUUUUUAAAGUGUGAAAAAUAAUUUUUUAAUAAUAAUAUGUUACAUUAA